AUGAAAACGAUACUCAUACUGUGCGCAGCCAUUGGCGCGAGCGUAUCUGCCUUUUCACUUCCACGAGGCCACCCUCUGGUCCAGUGGAAAACUGCUGGCCCAGGAGAUGUUCGAUCACCUUGUCCUAUGUUGAACACUUUAGCAAACCAUGGUUAUCUUCCUCAUAACGGCAAAAAUAUCACCGAAGAGCAAACGCUCAAUGCCUUGAAGUCUGCCAUCAAUCUCAAUGGAGACCUUGCCAAAAUGCAAUUCCAGGCGGCCUUGACAACAACCUUGGAUCCCGAUGCUACCACGUUUUCUCUCGACGACCUUACUCGCCACAAUAUCGUGGAGCAUGAUGCAAGCUUGAGCCGACAAGAUUAUUACUUCGGAGACGACCAUAGUUUCAACCAAGCCAUUUUCGACCAGACUCGGUCCUACUGGAAGGGACCUUUGAUUGACGUGCAUCAAGCGGCUCUUGCGCGCCAGGCUCGUGUUGAUACAUCGAAUGCUACGAAUCCGGAAUUUGCGCUCUCGAAGGAUGCUCUGCCAAAUACUUACGGGGAGUCUGCGGCAUACAUUAUUGUGUUUGGUGACAAAAUUUCCGGGAUUGUCAAAAAGUCUUGGGUUGAGUAUUUCUUUGGUGAGUUUACUGCAGUACUAGAGGCUAUUCUCGUACGCAUUGCAGCCUUCUCGCUUACAAAUUUUCAUGGAACAGAGCAUGAGCGACUCCCAACAGAACUUGGCUGGACGAAGAGUGAAGACGAAAUCACAGCCUCAGACCAGAACAGCGUGGCUCAGAGAAUAAUUGACGCGACAAAUGGAUCUGGUGCUGAGAAGUGUGAUGUCUCGAAACGGAGUGACCUUCACACAGGCCAUAAGGCGAGGGGGCAUCAUCGUUGA